UGAAGUUCCCACUAAUUUUUCAUCCCGAAUCACCCCUUAUCCUAUCUUCUUACUCUCCCACUCCCUCCCUCUCUCCAAUUCAGUAUGGCUUCCACGCUCUCCUCCGCCACCCUCCUCUCUCCCUCUUAUUCCACACCCUCCGCCGCUUAUCCUGCCCACCUCUCCGCCACCUUCCCCAAACUACCUCCCGAAUUCCUCCUCAAGUCCUCCCACAAGCUCCUCCGCCGCCGCGCUUCCGUUCUCCGCCCCCUCGCUGCAGUCGAUGCCCCCGAAAAAGUCGUCCAACUCGGCGAUGAGAUCUCAAAUUUAACCCUCGCCGACGCACAGAAGCUCGUCGAGUACCUCCAGGACAAGCUCGGUGUCUCCGCCGCGUCCUUCGCCCCUGUCGCGGCCGUAGCCGCAACUCCGGCUGCUGGCGAUGCGCCGGCCGUUGUGGAGGAGAAGACAGAGUUCGAUGUUGUCAUUGAGGAUGUGCCGAGCAACGCGAGAAUCGCCACCAUUAAGGUGGUUAGGGCUAUGACAAACUUGGCGUUGAAGGAGGCCAAGGAAUUGAUUGAAGGAUUGCCGAAGAAAUUCAAGGAGGCUGUGUCGAAGGAGGAGGCUGAUGAAGCGAAGAAGCAGCUCGAGGAGGCCGGCGCGAAGGUCGCCAUUGUUUAAUUUUGCUGCUUACUUAUAACAUUAGCCUUAAAAGAAGAACAUCUGAGUAAUUUUGCCCAAAAGAAAUUGGAUGUUUAAUUCGUGAAUUUGUUUCAUUUCGUUUCAGAUUCAGUAGCUGUAGAUGCAUCUACAUUCAUUAUGAAUUUGUUAUCAAUUUAGACCGGAAUUUGAUGUUCCAAAUUCAAGUUAUCUGUUUACAGUUAUUGCUCA